GUUAACAAUUUAUUUAUAUUUGUGUGCAUAUGGGAAAAAAUAAAAAUAGGAAAUAGAAAGGUUAUAGCCUCAGUUCUCCAGCUUUGAUAGCGUGAGAGAUACUAUGUUGAGUGUGGUGUGUGAUGUGUGAUGUGUUCCUCUACGGUUACAAGUCACCGUAUAUAAUCUUCAAUCUUUGCAUGCUUCACCAACUCCUCUUAAACAAAACCCAAAUAUGAGAUCAUAUUUCUCAAAUUCAAAUGCAAAUGCAAAUGCAAAUGAAAUUCUCACUCUCAUCAUCAUUUCGUUACUCCAACUUUGAUCCUUCAAUCCCUACACACACGAUCAACCAAAUCACGCGUUUCCAUUUUUACUGAUUCACCAAUUAAUGUUUGCUCCUCUGUUUUCUAAUUGCGAUUUGAUAUGGUAAGAAAGAUGAUGAAAAAUGUGAAGGACGAUGGAGAGUUAGAGAUGUUGCUUGAUGAGAUCCCUCAUGCAACAUCACACAUUGAUGAUGAUAAUGGUAAUGGUGUGAAUGUGAUGUAUGAUGAUGAAGAUCAUUUGAAUUAUCAGAUCAAGUUUUCAACUGCAUCAUCAUCACCUGUUACUAUCAGUGGUUUUUCUUCAUUGCAAUCGGAUGGUUCUUCUUCAAGUUUGUUUUCUUCUGAUAAUGGAUCACCAACAACAACACCUCUUAUGGAGGAUUUUAAAUCAACCAUGAGUUCUGGAACUGGAAGAAUAAGCUCUUAUAACCCUAACAACACAUUCUGCUUGGAUUCCAACACUCAAAGGUUUGUUGAUGAAUUUGGUCUAUGUGGCAAUUUCAGUAAAAUGUACAUUGGUAGUAGUAAUCAUCAACAAGAACAACAUAAUCAUAAUGUCAAUCCUAAUCCUAAUGUGUUUCCUGUCCGUGAUUUUACUUCUUGGAAUGAAAACAAUCCAAUCAAUGUUCAUAAUAAUCAUAUUAACAAGCAUGUGGAUUAUAACAGUAACAAUAUAGGUUUAUUGGAUUUUGAUUCUGAUGCUGAUUUUGUGGGGAUUCAAUCCCCUCUCUUGAGGAAUCCUAUUAGUAUUAAUCAUAAUGGAGCUGAAAUGAAUUCAGCUUUAACGCGAGAUUAUGAACUAGCUGAUUCAACUGGAUUACAACCUUGUACCGGAUGGCGCAAGCGCGACACUAUAUACUCUCAAUUUAAUGGAUUUGGUGGUGGUUCAGUGGAUUCUCCUUGCUACAGAAGACAUCCUACUCCUGAGCUUGAUGCAUCAUCUUUGAGCAGAAAUUCAGCUGUUGAUGCUUCACUUUAUGCACAGAAAUAUGGAAUGAAUUUAAUGCAAGAUAUGAGUAUGUCAAGAUUGCCUAACUUUCCGCUCCGUACUAAUUUGAAGCCUUGUAUGAGUGCUCAAGAUUUGAUGAAUUGUAGUCUUCAUCUGCCUGAUGCUAGAGUUGUGCCACCUUCAAAUGCUAGAAUGCUACCAGGAAAUAUAGAUAUAGAUGCUAUUACAAGUAGGGGGAGCCUCAUCUUACAAGGUGAAGGAUUAAAUUAUGUUGCUGCAAGCGGUUCAAAUGGAUCAAGGUGUCAAAAUGCAGCGCGUGAAUCUGGCUUUGCUAGGCAUCUACAUAGGUUAGAGCUAGACAUUCUGCAGCGCCCGAUUUUGGGAACUUAUGAAAAUCUUAGGAGUUCUAGGAUUGGUUAUCCGUGCACUUUGCCACCUAAAUAUAAUUCCCUAUCCGAAGCUCGAGGGUGUAUUUAUUUAAUAGCCAAAGAUCAAAAUGGUUGUAGGUUCUUGCAGAGAAUGUUUGAUGAGGGUAGAACGAAAGAUGCUCAAGUAAUAUUUAAUGAGAUUAUUGGUCAUGUGGUGGAACUUAUGAUGAAUCCUUUUGGAAAUUAUCUUAUGCAGAAGUUAUUGGAUGUCUGUAGUGAAGAACAAAGGACGCAGAUCAUACUCAUGGUUACUCAGGAGCCAGGGCAGCUUGUCAGAAUCUCUUUAAAUUCUCACGGCACUCGUGUUGUACAGAAGCUGAUCGAGACUCUCAAAACUAGGCAACAAAUUUCAUUAGUUGUAUCGGCUCUUGAACCGGGAUUCUUGGCUCUCAUAAAAGACCUUAAUGGAAAUCAUGUGAUUCAACAUUGUUUGCAAUGCCUAAGCAAUGAAGAUAACAAGUUUAUCUUUGCUGUUGCUGCCAAGUAUUGUGUCGACAUUGCAACUCAUCAACACGGAUGUUGUGUUCUACAAAAAUGUAUUGGCUAUUCAAGUGGGGAGCAUAGAGAAAAACUGGUUGCAGAAAUAUCUUCUAAUGUACUUAUGCUAGCUCAAGAUAAAUAUGGAAAUUAUGUUGUUCAAUUCAUCUUGGACUUAAGAAUUCCAUCUGCUACCGCAACUUUGAUUUCACAGUUUGAAGGUAAUUAUGUGCACCUGUCGCUCCAGAAGUUCAGCAGUCACGUGGUUGAAAAAUGUCUUGUUGUAUUCAAUAAUGAGAAUCGCACGGAAAUCAUUCAUGAACUGCUUUCUGCUCCUCACUUUGAUCAAUUGCUUCAAGAUGCACACGCAAAUUACGUUAUUCAAAAAGCUCUUCGACAUUCUGAGGGUCAUGUGUAUAAUUCACUGGUUGAAACAAUUGAGUCCUACAAAGCAACUUGUCGAAAUAGCCCAUAUUCCAAGAAGAUUUUCGCGCAUAAGCUUUUGAAGAAACGAUGUGUAUAUUCUCACUAAACAUUUAUCAUUUUGGAGUCUGCCACUACAGUUAUACGCAUUGUUGUAUGGUUAUUUAAAUGUAAGUUGGGAUGCUAAUACCACACCAAAUGAGCAAUAUGUUUAGAAUUGCUUAUCCAUCUGCUCAGCUAAUUUUUGAAACAAAGAGAGAAAUGCAAGGGGCAGACAAUUUUGCUUUCAUUUAAAUUAUAGACACGUGAAUGUAUUAUUUUGUUGUAUCUGAUCUCAACUUGUUGGAUUUACCAACCUAUUAAUUAUUAAUUAUGAUGUUCCCACUGGCUGAGAAUGUACAGUGUA